AUGGACCCCGAAAAACNGUAUCAAAUUGACGAGAAGAAUUUGGUUAUUGAUGAUUGUGAUCCCAAGCAGUCUGUAUAUGCCUUUGGGUGCAAAGGUUCUGUUCUGCAGAUCCAAGGAAAAGUAAACAACAUAACCCUUGAUAAAUGCAGUAAGAUGGGUGUUUUAUUCACGGAUGUUGUGGCAGCUUUUGAGCUUGUUAAUUGCAAAGGUAUAGAGGUGCAAUGUCAGGGUAUUGCACCAACAAUUUCAGUGGAUAAUACAUCUGGGGUCCAGUUAUACUUGAGUAAAAAUUCAUUGGAGGCUUCUAUUACGACAGCUGAGUCUACUGAAAUCAACGUUUCAGUGCCUGCUAAAGAAGGGCUUGAUUAUGAUUGGGAGGAGCAUGCAUUGCCGCAGCAGUUUGCUCAUGUGUACAAGGAUGGGCAAUUUGAAACUGUUCCAGUCACCCACUCCAGUGGUGGUUAACUGUUAAUCGGUGACACUAAUUUUGACUUGUUAAAACGUUUGAUCAAAUUCUUUUAAUUUGUUAUUUAUUUCAAAUACUCUAGCAUAUGCACCCCGGCGGGUUAUUAUUGAAUGAGCUUCUCGUGAAGUUCUCGUUUUCAUUUCUUUCUUAUAUAUGCACAAGAAUUAAAAUUUUGUAAUUUUUGAGUUUUAAAUAUAAUUUUAUACAUUUAUUAGUUGUCA